UCCUUCCUUUGGGCCAUAUUCCGCAAGGAAAGAUUUCUGCAAAAGGAUGAUGUUAAUCCUACUGGUGAAUGUGUUGAUGACAUUGCAUAGUAGUGGAGGUCAAGGACCAGAGACACCAGCAAUAUCAAUGGAUCUGCCACAUGUGACAGAAAGGAACUUAAAUAACAUUACAUUCUUCAAUGGAGUCUUUGCAGACGUGGAAAGUGUUGCCCUGUAUUUUGACUGUUUAGGUUCUCACUUCACCUGGCUCCAGGCUAUAUUCACAAACUUUCCUGUACUGCUCAACUUUGUGAACAAAAUGAAGUGUGUUACUGGCAUUUGUCCCAGAGAUUUCGAAGACUAUGGUUGUGCCUGUCGAUUUGAGAUGGAAGGCCUCCCUGCAGAUGAAGUAGAUAGUUGCUGUUUCCAACACCGGAAGUGUUAUGAAGAGGCAACUGAUGAAGAAUGUAUGUGGGAUCCUGCCAAGAUUACUAUGGAUGUCAGCUGUCUCACAAAAAAUCUCACCUGUGAGUCUGAAGAUUCCUGUGAGCUCUUUCUCUGCAACUGUGACAAAGCUGCUAUUGAAUGCUUUUUGCAUUCCCGAAUUAACGCUUCCAUGAACAGCUUGGAUGUUUCGCUCUGUCCGUCUCUGGUUACAGAAACACCUAGUGAGAACAGUCAGACAACAGCUCAAGUUUCGGAGUUUCAACAGAGGGCUGAAGAUACACGGCUGACAGAUACAUCUGUGGCAGAGGUGAUUCCACCACCCACCAGUGGAACAAUUGUAAAGAUGUCUGUUACAGAAUUUACUUCCCAUUUGGAGAAAGACAGAAGUCUUGGGACCCACAGAGGAGGAGAUAUUCCUUCAGAGAUUAGUGACCUGCUGGUGAAGGACCUGGAAGAGGGAGUUACUCCACACAUGGAGAAUGGUGGAGGUUCAGAAAGCCUCACAGAAGGAGUAAAAUCCCAGGAUGGCACAGCUGCUACUUUGGAAAAUUCCAUGUCAGGAGGUCCAUCUGAAGAAGCUUUCUUCACAGGGGGAACCCCUUCUGCUUCAUCUCAUAAGAGCGCCAAUGAGUCUGAGUUGGUGCCAACUUCAGAUUUUCCAGAGCGAUCAACAGAUCAUGGGAAUCAUUUCAAAAUUGUUGGAGAGGAAGGUACAACAUUUUCCACCGUGGCUCCAGAAGAGACACCAGAUCCCGAGGAACCCUUUGGAGAAGUUUGUGACCGCUUCACCUUUCUGCAACUGAGAGACAAUGGAAGAGUCAAGAGGGUUUUGCCACAGUUAGGCGAGAUGCUUUAUUGCUUAACCGAUCGAUGCCCAGAGGAGUUUGAAUUAUAUGGCUGUUACUGUGGCCAGGAAGGUAGAGGCCAGCCAACGGAUGAUCUGGACAGAUGCUGCUUCUCUCACCAUUGCUGCUUGGAGCAAGUUAAGAAGCUGGGAUGCCAUCCAGAAAGAAAUUCCAGAUCUGAAGUUGUCUGUUUCGAUCACACACCGAAGUGCAUUGGAUGGACCAUGUGUGAAAAGCUUCUGUGUUCCUGUGAUAAGGCAGCUGCCGAGUGCAUGGCUGCAGCUUCUUUCAACGAAAGCUUCAGCUCUCCAAACAGACAUGCUUGCCAAGAGGACAAAUUGUUUUGCCGCAGGAGUGGGCACGAAAGGCCCCCGAGUGGCACUGGGAUUGGCGCCAGAACCUCUAGUGAGGAAGAGAGUAGUAGUGAGGAGGCAGCGCCAGCAACGAGCAUUUUGAGAAGGGGAAAGAGAGCAGUACGCCCAGAAGCAAGGGGAAACUCCAGACCAUCACUGCUACAAACCAGAUAAUCUCAUGUCACUGCUCAGCAGAGAAUCUACCAGGAAUAUUAAACAACAAACGACUAAUGUGAUAUUCAAAGUUAGAAUGUAACAGAAAGUGAUAUGGCAGAUCUGUAAUAUUAUUCCUAGGGUUUUGUAGUGACUUUAAAAAAAAUUUUCUUCAUAAGAGAGAAUAUAUAUAAAAUGUCUUAAUAAGAGAGAAUAUAUAUAAAAUGCUAUAUAGAUGGCAUUUAACGCCAUACAAAAUAUCUAAAAUGUAUAACCAAAAUAGUAAUAAGUGUUGGAAAUGUAAAGUGGAAGUAGGAACUUAUUUACACUGUUGGUGGCGCUGUAAAAAAGUAGAACAAUAUUGGAAGGAUAUACAUAGAGAAAUCAGGAAAAUAAUAGAAUGGACCGGGAAACCAGACCCGAAACUGUAUCUUUUAAACAUCUCGGAUACUUUGAAUAUAGAUGAUAACAGAGACAGUUUACUGUCCUCCCUGAUCGUUGCGGCGAGAAUGAUAUUGGCUCGAUAUUGGAAAAAAGAAGAAAUACCGAAAUUGGAAGAAUGGAAACUGAAAGUGAUGGAGAUAUGUGAAAUGGAAAAAUUGACAGCAUUGAUGUGUAAAAAUAAAAAUACUAUUAAGAAUUUUAACGAUAUCUGGAGGCCAUGGAAAAAAUAUAUACAGGAAGAAGAAGGGAUAAUAGAGUAGAGACAAUAUGAAACAGAAGGCGCUUACACUUAAAGAAGGGAGGAGAUGUGAAGGGAGUGGAGAUAAAAAUGUGGAUAUAUAAAAGAUAAGCUAAGGUAUAUGUAGGAGAUUUAAUACAUAGGAGAUAACGGAUGAAAUAUGUAACAAUUAAAAAAAGAGUUAGUUAGAAAUGUUGGAAAGGUCAACCGUAGUUUUUGGGGAAAUUUAGCCUGAGGAAGUGAUUUUAGAGGAUAUAUACUGAUCAAGUUUGAUAGCUAGAAUAAUAGGAAAUAUGUGUUAAGAGAAUAGAUAGGUAUAUUUAAUGAGUAGUUAUUUCAUCUUUAUGAUAGAUUUUAAUAUUUAUGUCUUAUGAUUUGUUACAAUUUUUGUAAGUCUUGUAAGUGUGAAAAUCUUAAUAAAUAAAAAUAAAAAUAAAAAUUUCAAUACAGCAGCUGUAGGAGAGGUAAGGUGAGAGACAAUUUGGAUUAGGCCUCUCUCUGUGGCAUUUGCCAGAGGACAAGCCAUUCAACUCAUGCAUUGCAAAGCUAUUUAAUGUGCAAAUUUGUCAGGGCAGGGGGCAACCUU